AUGGGCGAUGUGAAGGAAGAAUCCGCGAUGAGUAAAGAUGCUAGACCCUCCUCUGUCAAAUUUCCGAUGCUAUCUUCUUCAAAUUACACCGUAUGGUCCAUGAGAAUGAAGAUAGCACUUAAAGUUUGUAAAGUUUGGGAAACAAUCGAUCCUAGAAACAAAGAUGAAGAGAAAAACAAUAUGGCUAUUGCGUUUCUGUUUCAGUCUAUACCCGAAGCAUUGAUCCUACAAGUAGGUGACAUAGACACGGCUAAGGGAGUAUGGGAUGCAAUAAAAACGCGUCAUGUUGGAGCUGAGAGAGUUAAAGAAGCUAGGUUACAAACCCUAAUGGCAGAAUUUGAUAGAUUAAAGAUGAAAGAUGGAGAUACAAUUGAUAUUUUUGUUGGGAGACUAUCAGAGAUCUCGUCAAAAUCUGCUUCGUUGGGGGAGAUGAUAGAAGAACCUAAAUUGGUAAAGAAGUUUUUGAAGAGCUUACCAAGGAAGAAGUAUAUUCAUAUAGUUGCUUCCCUUGAACAAGUUCUCGAUCUAAACACAACGACGUUUGAGGAUAUGGUUGGGAGAUUGAAAGCGUAUGAAGAAAGAAUUUGUGAGGAAGAAGAUGAGCAGUCUGAUGAACAAGGCAAACUAAUGUAUGCCAAUUCUGAAGGUCAACAAACUGGUUACGGUAACUCUAGUGGAGCUAGAGGAAGAGGACGAGGAGGACGUUCUGGCUGGAGAGGAAGAGGCCGCGGUAGAUAUGGGAACUUUCAUAGCCAAAGAGAUGCGUACAAGACAGUACAAGGACGUGAUCUCUCCCACAUCACAUGUUUCAACUGUGAUAAACAAGGGCACUACGCGUCUGAAUGUCCUGAUAAACAGGGACUUAAGCUUCAAGAGACAGUUGAAACUAAAACAGAGGAAACACAAGAGGCUGACGAGUUAAUGAUGCAUGAGGUUAUCUAUCUCAAUGAAAAAAAGUCAAUCCAAGCGUAUAAUGGAGCUAGUAACCAUAUGAGCGGCAACAGAAUGUUCUUUGUUACACUUUAUGAAACAAUCACCGGAAAAGUGCGGUUUGGAGAUGAUUCUCGUAUUGACAUAAGAGGAAAAGGAUCAAUUCAGUUCAUGUUCAAAGGAGGUGAGAAAAAGAUAUUAGGUAACAUGUAUUAUAUUUCGGGACUCAAAAGCAAUAUAGUGAGCUUGGGUCAAGCCACUGAAGCUGGUUGUGAAGUUCGAAUGAAGGAAGAUCAACUUACUCUGUAUGAUCGUGUUGGAAAGGUGAUGAUAAGGACAACUAGAACGAAGAAUCGUCUAUACAAAGUCACUCUCGAAGUAGAUAGUCAGGACUGCCUCCAAAUCACAGCAAAGAGUGAAUCAUCAACGUUGCACGCACGCCUUGGACACAUCAACACUGGUACAAUGAAAGCAAUGAUCAAUACAGAGUGA